GCGCAGGUGGCUGGGCAGGGCCUGGAAAUAAAAUCAAAGGAGCAACACCUUGAAAAAAGGUCUUCCUGCCUAGACUCCUCGGUCGCCAGUCCCUGGAAGCCCUUGGAUCCGCCACCAUGGGAAUGUCUGAACCACGGAGUGUCUUUGGGUAUCCCCUGAGCAUCUUCUUCAUCGUGAUCAAUGAAUUCUGUGAAAGAUUUUCCUACUAUGGCAUGAAAGCACUCCUGAUUCUGUACUUCACACGGUUCAUUGGUUGGGAUGACAAUCUGUCCACUGCAGUCUACCACUCAUUUGUUGCUCUGUGUUACCUGACACCAAUUCUCGGUGCUCUAAUUGCUGACUCCUGGCUCGGAAAGUUCAAGACAAUUGUGUCACUAUCCAUUGUCUACACAAUUGGACAGGCAGUCACUGCAGUAAGCUCCAUUAAUGACCUCUCGGACUUUGACCACGAUGGAACCCCUAACAACAUUGCUCUACAUGUGGCAUUGUCCAUGAUUGGCCUGGCACUGAUAGCUCUUGGUACUGGAGGAAUCAAGCCCUGUGUGUCUGCAUUUGGUGGAGAUCAGUUUGAAGAGGGCCAGGAAAAACAAAGAAACCGAUUUUUUUCCAUCUUUUAUUUGGCCAUUAAUGCUGGAAGUUUGCUUUCUACUAUCAUCACUCCCAUUCUCCGAGUUCAAGAAUGUGGGAUUCACAGUAAGCAAGCUUGUUACCCAUUGGCAUUUGGGGUUCCUGCUGCUCUCAUGGCUGUUGCUCUGAUUGUAUUUGUCCUUGGCAGUAGUAUGUACAAGAAGUUCCAGCCCCAGGGUAACAUCAUGGAGAAAGUAGUAAAGUGCAUUGGUUUUGCCAUCAAAAAUAGGUUUAGGCACCGGAGUAAGGAAUUUCCCAAAAGGGAGCACUGGCUGGACUGGGCCAAAGAGAAGUAUGAUGAGCGGCUUAUCUCUCAAAUUAAGAUGGUUACAAAGGUGAUGUUCCUGUAUAUUCCACUCCCCAUGUUCUGGGCCUUGUUUGAUCAGCAGGGUUCAAGGUGGACACUUCAAGCAACAACUAUGAGUGGGAAAAUUGGAAUUAUUGAAAUUCAGCCAGAUCAGAUGCAGACUGUCAACGCCAUCUUGAUCGUCAUCAUGGUCCCCAUCGUAGAUACUGUGGUGUAUCCUCUGAUUGCAAAAUGUGGUUUCAACUUCACCUCCUUGAAGAAGAUGACAGUUGGAAUGUUCCUGGCUUCCAUGGCUUUCGUGGCAGCUGCAAUUGUGCAGGUGGAAAUUGAUAAAACUCUUCCGGUCUUCCCCAAAGGAAACGAAGUCCAAAUUAAAGUAUUGAAUAUAGGAAAUGAUAAUAUGACUAUAUAUUUUCCUGAAGAGACGGUGCACCUUGUCCAACUGUCUCAGACAAAUAUAUUUAGGACUUUUGAUGUGGACAAACUGACAAGUAUAAACAUUUCUUCUGCUGGAUCAGCAGUCACUCCAGUAACUCAUAACUUUCAGGUGGGCCAUCGCCAUACCCUUCUAGUGUGGGAUCCCAACCAUUACCAAGUGGUAAAGGAUGGCCUUAACCAGAAGCCAGAAAAAGGAAAAAAUGGAGUCAGGUUUGUAAAUGCUUUUGGUGAGGAGAGCUUCAAUGCCACAAUGGAUGGGAAAGUAUAUACAAAUGUCACCAGCCACAAUGCCAGCAUAUAUCAGUUUUUUCCUUCUGGCAUGAAAAAUAUCACACUAAGCUCCUCAGAGAUUCCAGGGAACUGCAACAAUACUUUUACAUCCAGCCUUAGUUUUGGUAGUGCAUAUACCUAUGUAAUCAUCAAGAAGGGUGAUGGCUGCCCUGAACUGAAAGAAUUUGAAGAUAUUUCACCCAAUUCAGUUAGCAUGGCUCUGCAAAUCCCACAGUAUUUCCUCCUCACCUGUGGGGAGGUGGUUUUCUCUGUCACAGGAUUGGAGUUCUCAUAUUCUCAGGCUCCUUCCAACAUGAAGUCAGUUCUUCAAGCAGGAUGGCUGUUGACAGUGGCAGUUGGCAACAUCAUUGUGCUGAUUGUGGCAGGAGCAGGCCAGUUCAGUGAACAGUGGGCUGAGUAUAUUCUGUUUGCUUCAUUGCUUCUGGUUGUCUCCAUAAUCUUUGCCAUCAUGGCUCGAUUCUAUACUUACAUCAAUCCAGCAGAGAUUGAAGCUCAAUUUGAUGAGGAUGAAAAGAAAAAGAAGCCAGAAAACCUAUAUAGCACAUUGGAACCCACCUCACAGUCACAGAUGUGAAUGUCAGGAAGCCAAUGGAGGAUGGAUUGGGCCCAGAACAUACCCUGACUUCUGUCCGAAAGUGGCAGGACACUGUUGGAUGGCCCCUGAUGGGGGAGACUUAAGAAUUAUGAGCCAAACCAAGAAAGCAAUUUUUGAAGUAGCCAUCGGUGAACCUAAAACUCUGGAAGAAGUCUUUUUUAAAAAGUCUUAUUUAAGUAUGCAUGUGUGCACACACACACUUUUACACACUAAAAGCCUAUCCUGCAUUUAACUCCUUUCCUAUCACACAAAUAAAGUUAUUUUAGACUAACUUAAUUUUUGAAAGGAUGACAAAAUUUCCAUAUCACUUGUAUUCUAACACUGUAUGAAAACAAUGUUAACCAAGGCCAAGACAAUGUGAAAGUGAAUUUAUAGGUUUAAGGAUGGUGUAUAAUAAGCUAGUAUUAACUGAUACCUUUACCUUUUUUUUCCAGUCCCUACCCCUUUUAAAAUUAUGUGUAACUCAAAAGAUCACUCAAUAAAAGCCAGUAAUGAC